AUGAUGCAGAGACGUAGCCGACCUGGACAUCUUCGGAGCCUAGGGGCCCUCUGCGCCGCCGCCUGCGUCGUGGGCUUCCUCUCUGAGACUUUCGUCUCUGCUCCGCGCCGCCCCGCAGCCCGGAGUGCUGCGCGGGCUGCCACGGAGGAGCCGGUUGAGACGCCCGCGUCGCCGAAGACGCAGACCGCGACACCAGAGGCCGCGCCGCAGCCGGGCGCAGUUCGGCCAGGCGCUUCCGUGGCAGGCUUUCAGGAGGUGAAGUCGGGGGAGGGCUUCAAGAAGGCGAGGCAGUUCCUAGCACUCGAGCCUUUGGAUGACGAGGUGAACCAGUGGGAAGCAGACAUGAAGUCCACAAGGGGGUUGACGGCCGAAGAGGAGAGGAAAAAGUGGGUGGCCAUCAUCUCCGGCGCAGUGACCUUUCUUUUGGGUGGCGCCUACGUCCUGCUGAAUGUGGCCAUGGACAGCACAGACUGGUCUGGCUUCGCAGGGGAAAGAACACUGUCACCUAGCGAUCUUGCCGUGCUGGGAAAGUGA